CUUUCCCUAUGGUUCUCCCACCGGCCUCCAGCAGGUCACUGCUCUUGCCUCGCCCUCGCAGUUCCCUCAUUACUCCCAACCCCUGCCCGGUGGUGGGGGAAACUUGGCAGCAGUUGCUAAGGCACCGGCCCCGCCUCCGGUCGGGAGUGUGAACGUCACUUCCGCCGGUGACCCUUUCCUGACCCUGCUCCCCCUUUCUGUCAAGGGAUUCGAGCAACCCCGUGGAGCAGGUGCACGACGCCAGCUCCCUUCCGGGGAGGGGGCGGCGGCCCGGGGGCUGCCAUGGCCUCCAACCACCUGUCAGUGCGGGAAAUGAGGGAAGAUGAGAAGCCCCUGGUGCUGGAGAUGCUGAAGGUCAGGCUGGAACUACCCCAACAGCUGUCGUCUCUUCCCUCAUGGGAACCCUUCCUUCCUCGGGCAGUCCAAUGUGAUGAGUGGCUGAGCCCCUACUCCCACCCACAGGCUGGUGUAAAAGACACGGAAAACCGUGUGGCCCUCCACGCUCUGACACGUCCACCAGCCCUUCUCCUCCUGGCUGCAGCCAGCAGCGGCUUGCGCUUCGUCCUGGCCUCCUUCGCCCUGGCCCUCCUGCUGCCGGUGUUUCUGGCCGUGGCUGCCGUGAAGUUGGGCCUGCGAGCCCGAUGGGGCUCUCUGCCUCCGCCAGGCGUUCUGGGGGGACCCUGGGUGGCUGUCCGCGGCUCAGGCGAUGUGUGUGGGGUCCUGGCUCUGGCCCCUGGUGCCAAUGUGAGGGACGGAGCCCGAAUCACCCGCCUCUCGGUCUCUCGGUGGCACCGUCGCAGGGGCGUAGGCAGGAGACUGCUGGCCUUUGCUGAGUCCCGAGCUCAAGCCUGGGCUGGGAGUGUGGGGGAGCCUCAUGCCCGGCUCGUGGUCCCGGUGGCUGUGGCUGCUUUGGGGGUGGCAGGGUUAUUGGAGGCCUGUGGUUACCAGGCAGAGGGAGGUUGGGGCUGCAUGGGCUAUAUGCUGGUUAGAGAAUUCAGCAAGGAUCUGUGAUUAUAGACCAUGCCCACUGGGGAGAUGGGCAUGAAACCGGCACCUAAAGAGCACCUACUGUGUGCCAGGCACUUUCCAUCCCUUCCCUCGGUGAAGAACUGAGGUUGCUGGAUGCACAUGGCCCGCAGUGGACCUGCCAGGUGCAGUAGGGUCUCUUCUUGGUAGACCCCAGGGACCGCUAGCGGUCACCCUGUCCACUCUUUGCCCCCUAGUCUGUAUACACUGAAAAAACAAACAAACCUCUGGUUCUACAAAACCCCUGUUGUGUGUGUUUUAGGUCUCAAAGGAUAUUUGGAGAGAGUAAGAGGCAGAGUUAAGAGUCUGUGACAGGGAACCCCCAAAGGGGACAGAUCUUCUGGAAUGGGUGGAGCUGGGAGCACCGAGUUUCCAAGCCCAUCUGUUUUUUUACAGUUUGUUAAUAAAGCCGGAGACUUCUGCGUGUCUGUCUCCUCUCU